AUGAUGUUCCGGGACCAGGUGGGCAUCCUUGCUGGCUGGUUCAAAGGUUGGAAUGAAUGUGAGCAGACGGUGGCCCUGCUGUCUCUCCUCAAGCGCAUCUCUCGCACUCAAGCCCGCUUUCUGCAGCUGUGCCUGGAGCACUCGUUGGCAGAUUGCACAGAGAUCCACGUUCUGGAGUCAGAGGCCAACAGUGCGGGUAAGUCAGCUCUUUUUUCCCUCUGGAACUUACGUCUAACAUCCUCACAGUCCGAAUGGAUUCAGACCAUCUGCUUAUGUGGCAAUAUUGCCACGGGUCCUUAAUUGGGUUGGGCACGCUCUGGUCACUCACCUCCAAAAGGGUUUUGUAGAGAUGGGAAAGGUUCAGAGAAGGGUAACCAAAAUGAUUGAGGGGCAGAACGAUGAAGAAAGGUGUUGCCAGCCAGAUGGUGAUGUUACGCGCUAAACCAGGUGUUCAGGCAUCUCUGCUUCCUCGUGAAAGGUGAGUUACCUAUCACAAAACGCGCCUGGCUAAUUUCGAACACUGAUCACCUGGUAUUCAUGUGAGCACGGCUCCAGUUAGCUGUGGUGUCUCAGAGCUGCUGUUUAGCAGAUUCACAAAGAAGAGUUCCAGUUUUUCAGAAAAUUCCUAAUGGCCGUUUCGAAGCAGCGAAUUCCAUAGAUUAAUUGUGUGUUAUGUUGUGUUAAAAGUACUUCUGACCUGUCUCAACCUAUUGCCAGUCGUUUUUUAUCGGGUGACUCGGCAUUCUGAUAUUAAAGGAGGAGAUAAAAUUAUGAAUCCAUUCCUUAUUCAUGAAGCUCUGUGAUUCAUCCCCUCGCACCACUUCGCACACUGUGAUAGAUAGAAGACCUGCGUUUGCCCAGAGCAUAUGGUUUAGCUGCAGCUAAUUCCGGCUCUGUGAGUGGGCCUCUCCGGUACACAUGUUUGCAAAUGCACGUUCUCCCUGAUUCACACUUCGCAUUUAAGUGCUCGCCUAAAAAUUGCAAAUGGGUCAAGGAGCUCCCCCCCCCCCCCAGUUUACUCGUGACUGAACACUGAGGAAAAGUAGACCUCCUAUAACUAAUCUCGGAUAAUUUGCAGAUUAGGAGUGCAUAAUGCAUGCACUUUGGGGGUGAUCAGCCCGCGGCAUCUGCCUCCUUUUGCCGAACGCCUGAUAAGGACCAAGUGUCCUCACAAGUUCGGCUGGAUCUUGCUAAGCUGUGAGAACUCCAUGCCACUCAGUUAAGCUCCAUUCCCCAAGCACACGCACCCCCUUCACCACCCCCACCCUUGCAACUGACACACACAAGCGCCUCCCUUUUAUCUGUGAGGCAAAAUGCAACUCCUACAGCUCUCUAAUAAUAGUGUAGCCCAAGAUUAAGGCAAAAGGGAGAAAUGAGGUUGAAUUCACCGAAUCUCUUUCGGAGGCUUCUGACAUAAAGCCAGGAGACAACUCGGAACACCCUCAAUUUACCUUCUCCCCCCAAGAGAAAGCCCUCCAGAUGCUUUGGACUACAACUCCCAGCAGCCCCAGCCAGGUGGCUACUGGGAGCUGUAGUUGGAAACAUUUGGAGGGCUUCGACUUGGGGAAGGUGGUCCCAAAGAAGAGCCUGCUUUUCCUGCAAGUUCUGAAAAUCUUGGAAGCCUGCUCCGAAGUAACCGAGAGCAGGGCUUUUACUGUAGCUGCUCCUGUUCUGUGGAACGGCAUCUCUGUCUGCACCAGGCACCCCCAAACUCAGCCCUCCAGAUGUUUUGGGACUACAACUUCCAUCAUCCCUAGCUAACAGGUCAGGGAUGAUGGGAAUUGUAGUCCCAAAACAUCUGGAGGACUGAGUUUGGGGAUGCCUGGUCUACAUACUCCAGAAACAAUUGAAGGUGCUUUCGUUCAAAUAUAAGGAUGUAAGAUGAGCCUGCAGGAUCAGGCCAAUGGCCUAACUAGUUCAGCAUCCUGUUCUCACAGUGGCCAACCAGAUGCCCCAUUGGGGUGCACACUGGCAAGACCCUGGCACUCUUUCCUCACCUGUGGCUUCCAGCAUCACUGUCUGAAAAACACCACAGUGGUGCUAUGUAAAUUGAUUCAUUCGUUCGUUUUUUAUUUGUAUGCUGCCUUUCCACACACGGAAAAAAUUGUGCUCAAAGCAGCUUACAACAAAGAAAAACAGGAAUGCAUUUCAAACAAACACUACGAAAACUUAUUACAGGCAGCCACUUGUUCAGUAUGAUUGUGAUUGUGUGUAUUGUGCUGAACCCAGAUGUGACCCGGAAACGUCAUAAAGAUGUCACUGAAAGGGAGGGUGCAGAACGGGGUGUUUGCAGGCUAUUUCAAUGGGUUUCAGUUAUAAACAAUUUUACCGAUGUGCUCAGUGCCUCGGAACAUAACCCCUGCGUAAACAGGGGGCUGCCUGUAUUAUUAUGGUUUUCUUUAUUAAAUUUGUAUACUAUCCUCAGGGCAGUUCACAACACAAAAUUAUAAUAACCAAUUUUACAAUAGCACAGCAAAACAAAAAUAUAAUAACUUAAAAACCCCCACAUUUUAGUACAGUGGUACCUCUGGAUAGGCAUACCUCCGGUUGCAUAUCCUUCAGGAUGCGAACGCGGCUAACCCGGAAGUAUUUUUCCGGGUUUCGCCGCGCACACAUGUGCAGAAGCGAUCCCUCCGGUUGCGGAAACCUCAUUAUCUGACCAGAGCUCCGGAACAGAUCCCGUCCGCAACUGGAGGUACCACUGUACCUUAAAUGUAACCGGAAUGAUUAAACAACAUGCAGCAUUCAAUAGCAAAAAAUAAUAAGGGAGCUUCACAGUUUCUCCUUAGUCCUAGAGCAACUGAUGUUGCUCAGUGUCCUUCUCCCGCAGCUGCUUGCAAGGCUUCCAAGGGCAAGAGGUGGGGUGGGGUGGCUUUAAACGCCCCUCCCAUGAUGCCCCCUGAGCUAAGCCAUCAGGCUAUCUUGGUGUGGAGGGUCUUGCUUCAAUUCACAGAGGCUUACACUGGAGUGCCUGGAAGUGGCUCGUCAUUGUUGUUUAUUUACCGUAUUUUUCGCUCUAUAAGACGCACCAGACCACAAGACGCACCUAGUUUUUGGAGGAGGAAAACAAGAAAAAAAAUAUUCUGAAUCUCAGAAGCCAUAACAGCAAGAGGGAUCGCUGCGCAGUGAAAGCAGAGACUUCCGGGGAGGCGCCUCCGGCAAUGGCUGGAUUCCUCUGAUCGGGAGGAAUCAGCUCCGUGGAAAUCUGGGUCUGGCCGCCACGGCGAAGGCGGAGACCCGUUAAAAAUCACAGGCGGGAGAAGCCUGUGAGCGUGGGAUUCGGUGGGCACCUUUUGCGCCUCCCCCACUCGCGGGGAAACCCGGUUUCGGGGAUCCGGAGCGACGUGGGGUGAGCGGUGCGGUGCUUCGAAUCAUCUGCUUCUUCCACGGAGCGAAGCCGCAUAGCUGUUGUCGGAGAGCGCUGACUUUUUCCUGUGGACAAUUUGACUCUAAAGUAACUACCCGUGAGUAGAGCUUAAUUGGGAAAAUUGGAUUUUUUUUAAAAAAACACGUCUAAUUUGGCAUCGAAACGGGGAAGGUUCAAUACAGGAAGUCCGCCUUCCUCUUUUGUAAAUAGACUGAAGCAACUGAGGCUGCAAGCUGAAGUCUUGGAAAGCCUUUUGUAAAAGACUAAAUUUCCAUAAGUAAAGAAUAUAAUCCCCCCCCUUGGAGGCAGGAGAAGAGGGGGGAGGGAAGUUGUCAACUGAGUUUGCCUGCGGAAGAGACCAAGAGAGGUAAAACACCGCCGCUCGGACCCUGGGAACGGGCUGCUAGAAGGUCCGACGUUUUGGUGAGACGUUUAUUGACAGUGCUUGGAUCGUGUUGACAGCUAGCAUAAGAGAAGAUACAUUGUUUCUACUGUUUCCAGCAGUGAAAGUAACUGAAAAUUGAAAUUAGUUUUGGGUCGUUUGAACUGUGCUUUAAGAGGAUAUUACUUAUCAAUACAAAUAGAAACUGUUUACAACUAGUGGAAGUUCUUGAAACUGGCGGCUACAUAAGAUCUGGGCUGGGAAAUUUCCAGUUGUAAGAUAAAAACCGUGAGACUGUGAGUUGACCUAGAAUCUAUUGAGUGUUAUGGCAGAUGAGAAAGACGGAAUGUCGCCAGAAGAGGCCUUAGUGAUUGUACUAGUGAAAAUAAAUGAUUCGCUGGAACAGCUUCACAAGAAAAUGGAUGUGAUAAAUAUGAAAGUGGAUGCUGCAAAUAUUAAAAUUGAUUUAAUGGUAGAAAGUCUAAAUAACCUGGGACAAAAGGUGAAUAUCAAUACAGAAACCACCCAGAAAUUGAUACAGGAAUCUAUCCUGAUACGGCAAACAGCGGAUGAAGUUAAGGAGAAAACCCUCGCUGCUGAAGGUAAAGUAAUUCAACUGGAGAGAGAGAGAGUCCCAUCCAUACAAGGACGAUUUGAUGAAUACGAGCUGACACCUGAUAUGUCUGAACUUAAAGAGAAACAGAUGAAAUUGAGGAUCAGAGCCCUACCUGAGGAAAAGGAAACCCUGAUAGAGUUUCAGGAGGAGAUAGGACUAACAUUGGUUGAGAAAGAGAGGUAUUGGGGGGUUAGUAUGACCGCCAGAAAUGUGAAUUUAUUCAAGGGCAACUGUGAAGGACGUUGGCUUGAAGAGAAGGGGGAUUUGGAAAUAGGGCUAAAUUGGAAGUUGCUAUUGUUGGGCCGGGUUGCUGUGGUGGGGACGAGGGUUGUGGUGAGGUCGGGGAUGUUGCUUUUGUUUCAAACAUUGCAAGUUUUGGAUGGGAGGGAUUGUUUCAGGAGGUGGCAGAGGGAUGUCUCUAGAUCUGUAUGGCAGGGCAGGAAGCCUCGAGUAAAAUUUAAGAUAUUAACGGAUGCUAAAGAAGGAGGUGGACUUGCCCUGCCAGACCCCUAAAUUUUAUUGUGAAUCAUCUGCUUUUUGCUGGUUGAGAGAAUCGGCAGAAUCCGAGACCAGGGAGAAGAGCUGGUGGAAGAAGACUGGAAGUUUAAAGACUAUUUAUAGAAAUACUGCAAAAUUAAUGAAUGUUAGAACAAAGUGGGAAUGAAGUUAUAUGGCUUUAGCAGAAAUGUUAUAAGGAAUUAAGUAUAAAUAGAUUAAUUGAGCAUUAAAGGGAAUAAAAUAAGGUUAGAAUGUGUUAAGAUAAUUAUAGGAUAGAAAACAGAGGAAGAUGGAAAGGAAUUGCUGAAAUAAUUAAUUGAUGUGGAAUACAAAAAGGGAGGUGUGAGGAAGUCGUGGAAAUAAGCGAAUGAAAGAUAUGACAUUGAAAUUGUUUAAAAUGGUCUUUGUUUUGUUUUAUUUGUCUUGCAUUGUAUUGUGUUGUUUUUUGUUUGUUGUUUCUUUUUGCUUCUUUGCUUUGUUUAACUCUUUUUCUUUUUUUUGUAACUUUUAAACUCUUAAUAAAUAUUUUAUUUUUUUUUUAAAAAGAAAGCAGCAAUCCCUCUUGCUGUUCUGGCUUCUGGGAUAGCUGCGCAGCCUGCAUUCGCUCCAUAAGACGCACACACAUUUCCCCUUACUUUUUAGGAGGGAAAAAGUGAGUCUUACAGAGCAAAAAAUACAGUAAUUUGUAUACCGCCCUAUACUGCAGGUCUUAGGGCGGUUCACAGGCUAAAAUUGAAAUUGAAAAAAUUGAAAUACUUUAUUGUCACCUGUACACUUGUAUACAUUGAGAUUACACGAGCACCCCCUCCCACUCAGCUCUCUUAGUCUUAAUUUCCCUCGUUUACUGACGCACACCCACCAAACCCGUUGCCUUGUUGUUAUCUUUUCAUUCAGCAGCCUAACAGCCCACGGAUAGAAGCUGUUCUUUACCCUGUUGGUGCGACUAAUCAUGCUUCUAUAUCUUCUUCCUGAGGGCAGGAGAUCAAGAAAGCUAAAAUCAGAAUAUAAAACCACAAAGUACAUUUAUCAAUUCAUUUCUUGGAAAUGAUAUAUAAUGAAAUGAAAAGGAUGUUUAAAGUAACCUUUGUUAAAAAAAACCAGCAACCAGAAGCUUUUCUUUUGGGAAUUAAAGGGACAGAACUACCUAAAAUGUAUAGAAACGAUAGAAACUUAUUCAUGUAUGCAACUACAGCAGCAAGAAUGUUACUGGCCCCAAAAUGGAAAGAAGCAGAAGUCCCAGUAAAGGAAGAAUGGAUACAGUGGAAUAUGCAGAAAUGGCGAAAGUUACCGAAAAAUCAAGAUAACAGUUUUUUUAAUAAACGAAUGGAAAUGGUUUAUUGAAUAUUUACAGAUAAAUUAGAAACAGAUAAAAACAUUGACAGGGUCAUUGUAGCAACCUGCAAUUUUAUAAGAGUGUAUAUUUAAAGAAGAUGAAUAAUUGAAUAAAUUAAGUUAAUUUGGAUAUGCAGAAGAUAAUAAAAAGUUUAAGGAACCGCAGAAAGGGGGGGGUGGAAGUCAAGUUUUGAAAUGUCAAAAUGAGUGAAAUGUAUAAAACUAGCAAAAUGUAUAAACUUGCAAAGUAUAAAUAAAUAAAAUGGAGCAAAGCACAUAAUCAAAAUGAAAACAGCAAUGACCCCCCCAACACAUUUUAAGAGGGCAUAGGAUGUCAAUCAAAUCAACCGAAAUCAGUCCAUCUUCCCCAGCAGCACCAGAUAUUCUCUUGACUUGCCUCUCUCUCUUACCCCAACAGCUGUCAUCAGUCAGUGGCACCAAGAGCCCAAGGACAAAGUAGUCUCCCUGCUCCUCUCCCACCUGCCUCUCCUCCAGCCUGGCAACACGGACGCCAAGUCCGAGUACAUGAAGCUCUUGCAGAAGGUGCUGGCCUACUCCAUUGAGAGCAACCUCUUCAUCGAGGAGAGCCGGCAGCUCCUCUCCUAUGCCCUCAUCCACCCGGCCACCACGCUGGACGACCGCAACUCCCUGGCCCUGUGGCUCAACCACCUGGAGGAACGCCUCUCCAGCGGCUACUCCGGCCAGAGCAGGGGGCGGCCCGACACGGCCUACCACUCGCGCCAGGGCUCAGACGAGUGGCAGGGCCCCGUGGACACGGGCCUCGGAGACCUGGGGCACGGCUGGCAGGAGAAGCCGCCGCGGGAAAAUGGGCACAUGUCCUUCCAUUCCUCUGGAUCCGUGCCGUCGGCCAUCAACAGUAUCGGGAGCAACGCAAACACAGGUGCGGAAGGCAGGGCAGAGGGGUGAGGAGGGUCGGCGAAACAGGCGCCAUCUUGCUUGGGAGGGUGAUGGUGGGAGUGUUUUCCUGCAGGGAGGAGGGGAUCCUCAAAUGGGUUGGCCCUCUUGCUUGAUCCCCUAGGUCCUUCUGCAAAAAAAUUAACAUCUAAAAUCUAUCUCUUGGUACAUAGAAGACAUUCCUAAUUCACUAAGGUAGGUUCUUCCCUCAGGAGCAGCCUUUCUGGGAGAAUAUCUCUGCUGCUUUAAAAGGUUGCCCCUGGAAGGAGUUAACCAAUUCUGAUUAGCUUAGUAUUUCCCAAUUUUUGGUGAAAUGGCUUGGAAAUAAACUGAGCUAUCUGUCUCGAGCCAGAGGGAGCUCUCUCAUCUCUGGGAGGAAUCUGUCUGUUGAUAUCAAAAGCUGUGUGUCUUGCUUUCCUAUCCUCAUGCCAGAGCUAAGAAAACAUUUCAGAUUUGUAGGCACUGCUGCAAAGGACUGUGCGAAACUUCUUUGCUUGGAUGAUCCUUGAUGCCUAGUCAGCCAGUUGGGUUGUUCCAGUUCCUUGCCUGAACAUUAUUAUUAUUAUUAUUAUUGUUAUUAAAUGUAUUAGUUGCUUGUUUUGCCAUGUCAACUCAAAGCAACUUACCAGAAAAGAAAAUACAUGAAAACAUUCCACCUACUCUAAAAGACCAUAGACAGUUGAAAACCAAAGGCCUGGUUAAAAAGUAAUGAAUUUGCCUGGUGCCUGAAUACAUUAUUAUUAUUAUUAUUAUUAUUAUUAUUAUUAUUAUACCCCACCUAUCUGGGUGGCUUCCAGCAGAUAUGAAAACAUCAGACAUUAAAAACUUCCCUAUACAGGUCUGCCUUCAGAUGUCUUCUGAAAGACGUAUAGUUGUUUAUCUCUGACAUCUGGCAGGAGGGUAUUCCACAGGGCAGCACCACUACCGAGAAGGCCCUCUGCCUGGUUCCCCAUAACCUCAACUCAGUGUCCAUGCUGGAUGAUGGGGUGAACACGCUCCUUCAGAUAUACAGGGCCGAAGCCAUUUAGGGCAACACUUUGAAUUGUGCUCGAUAUACAUUGAUGGUACCAGGUGAGCUUCCCGGGGGAGAGCAUUCCACAAAUGGGGAGCCACCACUGAAAAGCUGUUGCCACCCUCCGAACCUCCCGUAUAGGGGGCACACGAAGAAGGACCUCAGAAGACAAAUUGGUGGUUCUCGGUGUAUUCCUGCUCAAACUUCCUUCCAGUCAGGUUCACCGAAUGAACCUACAUUCUGGGUAGUACAGCCACUCGACAGGUUCAGAAUUUGUAAACUUUCCUUCGUUCUGAAAUCUCUCCUAAGCUUCUGAAGCCUUCCUGAUGAUUUUGCAGCCGAGUGUGGGGCCAUUGUCGGCAGGUCCUAAACAUCUCUUCCCUCCUUCCAGCUCUCCCCUGCCAAAUCCACCCCAGCCCGCUGAAGCGCUCCAUGUCCCUCAUCCCCACCAGCCAGCAGGUCCCCAGCGAGUGGAUGAGCGUGGACGAGAUGGGCGCCCGGCCAGCCUUCAUCCCCGGCGGGGAGCACGCUCCCCUCUCCCCCCAGAGCAGUGUGGCCUCAUCGGGCAGCGAGCAGACGGAGGAGCAGUCUGGCAGCCGAAACACCUUCCAGGAGGAGGGGAGCGGCAUGAAAGGUACUUCGGGAGGGUGAGGGUGCGGCUGGACUCGACAGCCACUUUGGUGGACUGGGGUUCUGUCCUCCUGGGUCAGAGGCUGGUCUCAAAGAUGAAUGCCGGUCCCCAAACCACAGGAAACCCCGUUCUACCAAAUUGGCUUGAUUCGAUUUAAUAUUUGUAUUCUGCUUUUCCAACAGCAAAUGUUGAGCUCAAAGCGGCUCACAACAAUCGCCGUAGCAUUAAAAACAUUGCAGCCGCUGUAAUAUCAAACACAGGAACAUAGAAAUAGAGCCAAACCGGUAGAGCAUGAGACACUCAGGCUCGUGGGUUUGAGCCCCAUGUUGGGCAAAGGACUCCUCCAUUGCCGGGGGUUGGACUGGAUGACCUUUGUGGUCCCUUCCAGCGCUACAGUUCUGCAAUUCUUACAAAAUCAUCAAAACAAUGCAGUUAUAGUAAUUCAAAAUAUCGGAAAGAGCUGCUGAGCACCAGCCCUGAUAACGGGAUUUGAGGAUUCUGCAAAAGGAGUCCUCAGAUGUGUAUGUGUAGCUGCAUCUUUGAGCAGUCCAUUUCCCCCCCUCAAACUUUGUAAAAUGGCACAAAUGCCCAUUCUCUUCAGUCCCUCUUGGCUUGCCAUGUUCUCAUGCCCAGGAAGCUCUGGAGGAAUCAGUUGCCUGGCCUGUGUAUUUGUGUGUGAGAGAGAGUUAAAUACAGACACACCUCUUGCCUGUUCAGCCCCAGGUCGAGGCAGCUGAGUCUGCAGCAGUCAGAGACUUGAUUGUCCCAUUGGGAGUCGCGAACAUGCUUAGCCUUGGCCCCUCCUGUAGACCCUGUUACCUGGGAAACGUCCUUUUGUUUAAAAGACACUGCUAUGCCGAUAGACAUAGUCCUGACCAAGGGCGGUAAGAACACUCCCCAUUCUGAGGUGUCACAUUGCUGGGACAGUUCCCUGGCACUCAGUUUUUUACUACUCUUCGGCUGUGCUGGACAGCCUUCCCCAACUUGUUGCCCUUCAGGUGUCUCGUCAUCCCUGACCAUUGGCCGUGCAGGAUGAGGCCGGCGGGAGUUUAUUCUACUCCUCCUCUCAAAAGGGAGACCAAGAUGGCUUUCAGCACAAGAAAACACCCCCCAAAAGACCUUAAAAUAUUUUAAAAACAUUUCAGUUUUCAAUCAACAUAAAAUGACAUGGUUUAUAAGUUUUAUUAAUACACAUGGUUCAGGCAACUUUGCUUCUGUUGCGCCGCAAGGGCCUGACCCAAUACAGUUUGCCUAGAUUCCACACUCCGUGACAUUGGCUCACUCACAAGGCUGUCCCCCAAAGGUGUCUUACCUCUCGACCGCUCUCCACAGAUGUCCCCUCGUGGCUGAAGAGUCUUCGCCUCCACAAAUAUGCAGCCCUCUUCUCCCAGAUGACCUACGAAGAGAUGAUGACCCUCACAGAGCAACAUCUGGAGUCGCAGGUACUGCACAAGGUGCUUAAACCAGAGUCCUGGGGGCAGCUGGGGGCGACUGCUUUGCAAGCAGGGGGGACUGGGGAAAGAAAGCAUGUCUAGAGUUGAUCCUGUGCCACCAGGCUGUUGGAAGACCUCUUACCAGGGGCCCUUUGGGUUUCUGAGAAGCCAUUAUUAUUAUUAUUACUAUUAUUUAUUAAAUUUGUAUAACUUCCCAUACCCACAGGUCUCAGGGUGGUUCACAACACUAUCCGCAGACCUUUAAGCCUUUCCUUACAACUUUGAGGACUGCCACCCCCAAAGGAAAUCUUAGAGGCUUAGGAGUUUUUUUAUGCUACAUGACAUUGUUAUGCUCACGCAUGCUUAGAGUUUCUGUGGCUGUUUUGUAAAGGCGGGUAUCGCUUGAGACCAUCCAUUCUUGGGGGGCUGCUGCGCAUUUUCAAAGACGCUUCUUCCUCCGAGGGCUGGGCAGCAGCUGCCUCUGCUGGUGGGUAUUUCAGCUGUCCCUCUUUUCCCUGACCAGAACGUCACCAAAGGAGCGAGGCACAAAAUCGCCUUGAGCAUCCAGAAGCUGCGGGAGAGGCAGAGCGUCCUGAAGUCUCUGGAGAAGGUAAGAGAGCCAGUUGAAGGUGGAGACUUUGCUGCUGAGAGGCAGGGCUGGGCUUCCGAGGGUCUCGUAAGUUUAACGGUACCAGUAACUCACAGCUGAUGCACAUUUUAACCUGUGUGAUUUCAACUGAAAUCAGGCAGAUUUAAAUGCAUGGAAGGAGGAGACCUCAAAAGCUCUUUUUGCACAGGGUUUCCCCCUAAUAGCUCUCUGUCUUGCUUGUGGUUAUGGGGUGCUUCCAAGGGGGUGGUCCCAUGUGUAUAUGCCCUCCCCAGAAUAUAACCCCCUCUUGGGUGCACGUUUCCUGUAUGAAAUGGAACAGAAUUGUCAUUUGAGUAUCCUGAAGCUGUGGGAAAGACAGGGUGCCUAAAAUAGGAGCUAAGUGCGUCCAAAAUCUGAUUUAGAAUAACAGCGCAACUAAAUAAUCAUCAAUACCACCAUCAGUGUUUUUUACGGGGUACGCAGGGGUACACGUACCCCUCAACAUUUUGUGAAUCUAAGUUUGGCCUCAUUGAGGGGGCAAUAUUUCAAUAUGAGUAAGGAAAAUGAGAGCACUCCUAAACAUUUGUUUCAGAAAAAAAGCACUAAUAAUAAUAAUAAUAAUAAUUUGUAUAUACCGGUAGGUCUCAGGGUGGUUCACAACAUAAAGUUACAAUAUAUGAAGCACAAAAUACACAAUAAAAAUUAGUCAAAGCACAAACUACAUAAUAAAAAUAAUGAAAACAUAUUAAAAAUAAUAAAAAACAGUUAACAAUACGAAUGUAUGCACACUAAUAAACAAUAUGUUUCCCAAUGAAAGUCCCUAAACAAUACUCUAGUCCACAAGUAUGAAAAUCCAAAUUAACUUCGACAAAAGCUCAUUUUCCUUAAUGCUUCUAGCCGCUCCUCCUCCAUCUCCCCCGCCAAGUCCUGAGCUGCCGAAAAAUUCCUCUCUUCAAGUUCUCCUUUUCCUCUCCUCCUCCUCCCCCUCUCACCCCCCCCCAGGACAUCUUGGAAGGGGGGAACUUGUGGAACGCCCUCCAGGAGCUGCAGCAGAUCAUCAUCACCCCCAUCAAGGCCUUCCACGCCCUGCAGGCCAUGGCAGCGUCCAAGGAGAGCCAGCAGCAGCUGCCUGCGGAGCAGCGCGGAGCCACCAAGCUGUGUCUGGACAAGAGCGGCAACCCCUCCGAGGACAAGGACCCGGCCACCGACACCUUCCUGCCCCCGACAGGCUCCCCUUGCGACGGGGAGUCGGGGGCAGCGCCCAUCGCCGAGGGGGACAUUGCAGGGCAGUUCACCCGGGUGAUGGGCAAAGGUGAGGGCUCCGGGUUGCCACCGGGUCUGAAGCAGUAGGAUUUGCGCCGCCCAGUGAACCCUCUUAGCACCUCAUGGUCCCUCUUAGGUUUAUGGCUAGGGUUGGUCUUUUGAAAUGGCCGGGUCUUUGCGCUAACACUGCUUUAGUCCUGCAGGGCCUCUUGCCCCAGGGCUCCCGAAGUUAAAAUGGACAUGCAGGCCCCUCUGGUUUCCAAAGACCAAGGGGGCGGCGGCGGCCACGUGUGCGAUGGGUGAGUGAUCUGAAACUUAGCAGCAGGGCUUCUUACCUCUCUCGCCCUGAUCUGGCCACUGUGAUCCACGCAACGGUCACCUCCAGACUGGAUUACUGUAACUAAUAAUAAUAAUAAUAAUAAUAAUAAUUUAUUUAUUUCCCACCCUCCCCAGCCAAAGACGGGCUCAGAGUAGCUAACAACAAUAAAAGUAACACAGCAUUCUAAAAUCAAUUCAUUUUAAAAUCAGUUCAAAAUCAAAUUAAUGGCAACCAUUGGGCUCGAGGGGGUCAGACUGCGCCUUGGCCAAAGGCCUGGUGGAACAGCUCCAUCUUGCAGGCCCUGCGGAAAGAUGUCAAGUCCUGCAGGGCCCUAGUCUCUUGUGACAGAGCGUUCCACCAGAUCGGGGCCACGGCCAAAAAAGCCCUGGCUCUGGUUGAGGUCAGCCUAACCUCCCUGUGGCCCGGGACCUCCAAGAUGUUUUUGUUUGAAGACCAUAUGUCCUCCGUGGGACAUACCAGGAGAGGCGGUCCCACAGGUACGUGGGACCUAGGCCAUGAAGGGCUUUAAAGGUUAAAACCAGUGCCUUAAACCUGACCCUGUGCUCCACCGGGAGCCAGUGCAGCUGGUAUAGCACUGGGUGAAUGUGAUCCCUUGGCGAGGAUCCCAUAAGUGGCCUCACCGUGGCAUUCUGCACCCACUGGAGUUUCUUGGUCAGUCUCAAGGGCAGCCCCACGUGGAGUGAGUUACAGUAAUCAAGCCUGGAGGUGACCGUCGCGUGGAUCACUGAACCUUUUUCUGACUGCGGUAUCCUUUUUGAGGCGAGGUGACCGCAGGCGCAGAGAGUUUUCCAGUUGUGGUUGCCCCGUAGAUCUGUGUUAACGGCGUUACGACAGCAGCAGUUUUAUUUUCAGUUCCUUUCUUCCACUUUCCCCUGCAGUGUGUACGCAGUUGCUGGUCUCCCGACCGGACGAGGAGAACAUCACCAGCUACCUUCAGCUGAUAGAGAAAUGCCUGAUGCACGAGGUAGGCACUGGGCUUCCCGGAGAGGGUUAGGGCCCCGUGUCCGCCCGCUCUGCCCAUCCCAACUCACGCCCGCCCUCCUGUGCUCUCCCUCCAGGCUUUCACAGAGACGCAGAAGAAGAGGCUCCUGUCCUGGAAGCAGCAGGUGCUAAAGUUGCUCCGAACGUUUCCCAGGAAGGCCGUGCUGGACAUGCAAGGCUACCGUCCGCAGAAAGGGUGAGUCUUGGCAGGAGCAAGGAGUUCGGGGGACAGGAUUAGGCCAGGAGGGUCCUGGGUCAGGCAGGGCAGCCUCCUGCCACGGAGGCUUCUAAGACUGGAAGCUAGGGUUUUACGCGGCUGUUGUUAUUAUUAUUAUUAUUAUUAUUAUUAUUAUGUAAAUUUGUAUACCGCCCUAUACCCGCAGGUCUCAGAGCGGUUCACAGUAUUGUUCCUUGAGUUGAAGUCCUGACCGAAUUUCAUUCUAAUUUGCACUCUACAUAGUGACAUUAGCUCUAAUACUCCCAGGCCACUUUGUAGUACCUCCCUUAGUACAGGCAACCCCCCCCCCCCACUUACAUGCAUUUGAAUCAUGCGUGACCGCGUACGUGCGCAUUGCUACGAACUUGGAAGUGGCAUUAAGGGGAUGAAAAUGUCUCCCCGAAGAUGGCACAGAAACGGCUGUUGUUAUUGUUGUUGUUGUUUAGUCAUGUCUGACUCUUUGUGACCCUGCGGCCCAGAGCACGCUUUAAUUAUUCUUCUUAUUAUUAUUAUUUCUUAUUUCUACCCCAGCCAAGACUGGGCUCAGGGCGGCUAAUAACCAAUAAUAAAAACAUCACUCCUGUCUUCCACUGCCUCCCGCGGUUUGGUCAAACUCAUGCUGGUAGCUUCGAGAACACUGUCCCACCAUCUCUCCCCCUGUCGUCCCCUUCUCCUUGUGCCCUCCAUCUUUCCCAGCAUCAGGGUCUUUUCCAGGGAGUCUUCUCUUCCCCUGAGGUGGCCAAAGUCUUGGAGCCUCAGCUUCCGUCCUUCCAGUCAGCACUCAGGGCUGAUUUCCUUCAGAAUGGAGAGGUCUGAUCUUCUUGCAGUCCAUGGGACUCUCAAGAGUCUCCUCCAGCACCAUAAUUCAAAAGCAUCUUUAUUAUUAAUUCAAAUCACCAUAAUUCAAAAGCAUUGUUAUUGUCUUACUAUUUAUUAAAUUUAUUGGUGGCUCUUUCUUGCCAAAGGCAACGCAAAGCAGCUUGCAAGCAAACACUUCUGCUCAGAAGAGCAACACUUUCCUUUAGUGCCUUGCAAGCAGCUGAGGUACUAACUGCUAUUAUGACAAAACACACCUUUCUCUUGCUUGCUGAUGAAAAUAGAGCCACAACACUGUCAGAGCUGUCUUGGAAGCAGCUGCCUAAGUUCGGGAACGCUUAAAAGGGUUGGGGCAUUGUUGCUUAAUGAAUUCUCUGAAACAAUACAAAUGACUUUCCACCUUGCCUCAAAAGGAGGGGCAACAUCUCGUCAAAUUAUUCCUUUCAUGCUUAAGGGAAACUGUCGUCGCUUAAGUCAGCAUCCUGUGAAAGCAAUCCCCUAUUGUGGAGUUGGUAAUAAUAUGUAAAUCUGAACGGCCUGGCUCUUUAACAGUUUUGAUCAAAGCCAUUGAUCGGUUGACAACCCUAUUGAAAACACAGGAGAGUGGUUUGCGUGGGCUUGCUUUCUGCUGCCUCCUGGGGCCUGCUCGUCUUUUGGGAGUGAGGUUUUCCUUUUGCGCGGGUUGUGUGUGUCUGGUCUGUGUGAGGAGUGGGGGAAAUAAUAAUAAUAAUAAUAAUAAUAAUAAUAAUGAAAUUAAAAGACGCCUGCUCCUUGGGAGAAAGGCGAUGGCAAACCUAGACAGCAUCUUAAAAAGCAGAGACAUCACCUUGCCAACAAAGGUCUGUAUAGUUAAAGCCAUGGUUUUCCCAGUAGUGAUGUAUGGAAGGGAGAGCUGGACCAUAAAGAAGGCUGUUUAAGUCAGACUCCAGCAGCAGAAUGCCAUUGCCCCUUCCCCAUCAGGUGGUGCGGGCCCCUGAAAUACGUUCAGCUCCAUCCAGGUGAGACAUAGUGACCAUCAUGCAGCUCCUGUGGGAGGGGGCAGCCAGAGGGACAGCCAAGGUGGCUUCUUCAGGCCACACAGGUGCUUCUUCACACCCAACUAUGGGAGCCUGUUGAAGCAGAGGAGCAAAGAAAGCGGCCUUGUACUGAGUCAGGACAGAUCCUGAAGCUGAGGCUCCAAGACUUUGGCCACCUCAUGAGAAGAGAAGACUCCCUGGAAAAGACCCUGAUGUUGGGAAAGAUGGAGGGCGCAAGGAGAAGGGGACGACAGAGGACGAGAUGGUGGGACCGUGUUCUCGAAGCUACCAGCAUGAGUUUGACCAAACUGCGGGAGGCAGUGGAAGACAGGAGGGCCAGUGUGGUGUAGUGGUUAAGAGCGGUAGACUCGUAAUCUGGGGAACCGGGUUUGAGUCUCCGCUCCUCCACAUGCAGCUGCUGGGUGACCUUGGGCCAGUCACACUUCUUUGAAGUCUCUCAGCCCCACUCACCUCACAGAGUGUUUGUUGUGGGGGAGGAAGGGAAAGGAGAAUGUUAGCCGCUUUGAGACUCCUUAAAGGGAGUGAAAGGCGGGAUAUCAAAUCCAAACUCUUCUUCUUCUUCUUCUCUGGUCCAGGGGGCCACAAAGAGUCCUAAACGACUAAACAACAACAACAACAACAACUGAGUCAGACCAUUGGUCCAUUGAACUCAGUAUUGUCCUUACUGACUGGCAGUGGUUCUGCAGGGUUUCAGGCAAGGGAGUCUCUCCCAGUCUGUCUGGCCAGAGUGGUGCAUGCUCUAGUUAUCUCCCGCUUGGACUACUGCAAUGUGCUCUACAUGGGGCUACGUUUGAAGGUGACUCGGAAACUACAACUAAUCCAGAAUGCGGCAGCUAGACUGGUGACGGCCGCCGAGACCCCAUAACACCGGUCCUGAAAGACCUACAUUGGAUCUCAAUAUGUUUCUGAGCACAAUUCAAAGUGUUGGUGCUGACCUUUCAAGCCCUAAAUGGCCUUGUGACCCUGUAUGCCUGAAGGAGCGUCUCCACCUCCAUCGUUCUGCCCGGACACUGAGGUCCAGCUCCGAGGGCCUUCUGGCGGUUCCCUCAUUGCGAGAAGCAAAGCUACAGGGAACCAGGCAGAGGGCCUUCUCGAUAGUGGCGCCCGCCCUGUGGAACGCCCUCCCAUCAGAUGUCAAAGUGAUAAACAACUACCUGACAUUCAGAAGACAUCUUAAGGCAGCCCUGUUCAGGGAAGUUUUUAAUGUGUGAUAUUUUAGUGUUUUUUGGUUUCUAUGGAAGCCGCCCAGAGUGGCUGGGGAAACCCAGCCAGAUGGGCGGGGUACAAAUAAUAAAUUAUUAUUAUUAUCUGAAGGCAGCCCUGUUUAGGGAAGUUGUUAAUGUUUGAUGUUUAAUCGUGUUUUUAAUAUUCUGUUGGGAGCAGCCUAGAGUGGCUGGGGAGACCCAGCCAGAUGGGCGGGGUAUAAAUAAUACAUAAUGAAUUAUUUCAUUUUAUUAUUAUCCCAGGCCCACCAGAAGAGGUUGCCAGGGAUUAAACCCAGGUCCUUCUGCAUACAAGGCAGAUCCUCUACCUCUGAGCUACGUCCCUUACCCAGGGUGACCUCGGCUGCUUUAUAGUACAGCAGUGGUUCCCAAAGUGGGUGCUUCAUCCAUCCAUAAUUUUGUUUGUAUGCCGCCUUUCCUUAGACAAAACCAGCUUGCAGCAUGGACAAGAUUUACAUAAUUGCAAACCUAGCAAAAGCACUCCUAAACAAUAAGCAAAACAUCAAAAGGUAUACAACCAAAUGAAACAAUUUCCAGAUAAAUUGUAGUAAGAUUUGAAAUACAGCUACAAAAAAUUAAUAUCAAAAACAGCAGCAACUGGCUCCCCAACGAAAAACCUAACCCAAAGGAGUCUGUUCAGCAGACUCAACUUUUGUAGCUGGAGUCAGUCCAGGCCCUGCCAAUUUGAGGCCUGCAAGGCAGGGAGGCACUGGAGGUGCAAAUGGCUAUCAGAUUUGAAGUUUUUAUCACUGGAUCAGGUUCAUCAGUUUUGUUGAAUUAAUUAAACUAAAUGGUUUGAACCAGGUAUUGAAUAAAUGUCCAAUUAAUGGUGUGCUUUUUAAAUUUUAUUGUGUUAUCAGUGGGUCAUGUGAACCGCUAUUCUGAAUGAUGCUCUUUCUAGGGUGGGGUAGGGGGCACUCGGGGUGAUGUUCUGGAACCAAGGGGGCUAGUGGCCAGAAAAUGUGUGGGGACCACUAGAGCGAAGGUAAGGGUGGCCAGCCUGUGGCCGGGAUUUGGGUCACAGCAGCCUUACUGUGAAAUGCUACCCGUAUUCACAAGUGAUGGUACUUACCAAUGGGACUGACUUCUCUCUCUCUUUCUCCAUCCCCACCCUGCUUUGGUACUCUUCUAGAUGGGCCUUUGGUUCCAAUUCUCUCCCCAUAGCUGGAUCUGUGGGGGUGGGGGUGGCCCGCCGAGGACAGCGGCAGUUCCAGAUGCCCCCCCGCGCCAUUCCUCCCAGCCGCCUGGGGAUCCUGAGCCCUGUGGGGAUCGGAGGAGUCUCCCCGCGGCAUGCCCUCACCAGCCCGAACCUUGGGAGCCAAGGGCGGCAGGUAAGAAAGGGAUGGGAGAGAGGGAGGGUUCCCUUUAUAGCUCCGCACUAAGGUAACAGGAAGGGACGCGGGUGGCGCUGUGGGUUAAACCACAGAGCCUAGGACUUGCCGAUCAGAAGGUCGGCGGUUCAAAUCCCCGUGAUGGGGUGAGCUCCCGUUGCUCAGUCCUUUAUCCUGCUAACCUAGCAGUUUGAAAGCACAUCAAAGUGCAAGCAGAUAAUUAGGUACCGCUCCGGCAGGAAGGUAACCGGCAUUUCCGUGCGCUGCUCUGGUUUGCCAGAAGCGGCUUCAUCAUGCUGGCCACAUGACCCGGAAGCUGUACGCCGGCUCCCUCGGCCAAUAAAGCGAGAUGAGCGCCGCAACCCCAGAGUCAGUCAUGACUGGACCUAAUGGUCAGGGGUCCCUUUAUCUUUAAGGUAACAGGAUGUCUCUGAAAGGCAGCCUGGCCACCUCUCCGUUAACCCAAGAGGGCUCCUUCAGAAGGGGGCAUUCUAAGCCACCUUACUUGUGCUGCUUGGUGUGUUUUGAAAUCGGGGGAUUUCUUACCAGAGACAUGCAACAUGCUCUGUUGUGGAAAUAAUCUUACAGGGACAUAAGCCGUGAGCAAAACGCGUGGAGUUGCCUUUUGCUGACAGCAGCUUGCGAAAAAGAUAUUUGUGGAAGGAAGGUCUCGAGUGUGUUGUACUCCGGUGCAACCCCAGGGGCUUGGCUGACAGCCUGUCGCAGGGGUAGCCAGCCAAGUGGCCUCCAGGUAUUUUGGACUACAACUCGCCUCCUUCCUGUCUGUGGCCCCGCAGGCGGCAGCUGUAGCCCCAGACACGUAGAGGGCACCAGGCUGCGUUUUAGAGACGAGGGAGAUGGAGCAGCCCCCGUAUUAGCAUCACUGCAUAUUCCAUGCAGAUGGCAGUUUCUAAUAGUAGUAGUAGUAGUAAUAAUAAUAAUAAUAAUAAUAAUAAUAAUAAUAAUAAAAAAUUUUAUUUAUACGCUGCCCUCCCCUGCUCUCAGGGCGGCUAACACCAGUAAAAUUACAAUGAAAACAUAAUUGGGGGGGGGGGGGGACAAAAAAACAUUAAAGUACAGGUUAAAAAUACAAUUUAAAAUGCAGCCUCAUUUUAAAAGUAGCCCAUAGAUCAAAACCCUAAGGGGAGGGAAACAUAAGGGUCAGACUGAGUCCAAACCAAAGGCCAGGCGGAACAGCUCUGUCUCGCAGGCCCUGCGGAAAGAUGUCAAGUCCCGCAGGGCCCUGGUCUCUUGCGACAGAGCGUUCCACCAAGUUGGGGCCAGUACUGAAAAGGCCGUGGCCCUAGUUGAGACCGAUCUAACCACCUUGCAACUUGGGACAUCCAAAAUACUGUCAUUUGUGUACCUUAAGGUCCUCCACGGGGCAUACCAGGAGAGGCGGUCCCUUAGGUACAUGGGUCCUAGGCCGCAUAGGGCUUUAAAGGUUAAAACCAGCACCUUGAACCUGACCCUGUACUCCACCGGGAGACAGUGCAGUUGGUAAAGCACUGGGUGAAUGAGAUCCCGUGGCGAGGACCCUGUAAGGAACCUCGCCACGGCAUUCUGCACCCGCUGGAGUUUCUGGGUCAGCUUCAAGGGCAGCCCCGCGUAGAGUGAGUUACAGUAGUCAAGCCUGGAGGUGACCGUCGCGUGGAUCACUGUGGCCAGAUCAGAAGAAGUGCCCAGCCGGGUCUCGCAGUGACCAGGCAGGUGCCCCAAACAGAAACCUGCAGGCGAGACUUAUUUGGGACAUGCCAGACUUCCCCCCUCUCCCUCGGCUCCAUGGCAGUAACUCACCUACUGGGAGGGGUGGUUUUUGGUGUUUGUGUGUGUGUGCUUUGUUUCUCCGGUUUGCCCCCCUGUUUAAAUCAAAUUCUCUUUUCCCCUCCAAGAACCUGUGGUUUGCCAACCCCGGGGGCAGCAACAGCAUGCCGGGCCAGAGUCGCAGUUCUGUCCAGCGGACCCAUUCGCUCCCCGUCCACACAUCCCCCCAGGCCAUCCUCAUGUUCCCACAGGGUGAGUCAGCCAGAUUCUUGCCUUCAGGGUCAGGAAAGGGGCAUUUGCUUGGCCAUUUGGUUCUUCUCAGAAAAAUUUAGCCACAAACAAAACAGGCGCAGCGCUGGAACGCAGGCAAUGAGUGCCACUGGGCACAUGCAGACUGCUUUUUCCUUGCUUCUGGGUAACUACUGGCGGCUCAUAGAGCAGCUGCUGCAAGAUCUCACUGCAGGACUUAAACUAUGGGUAGGUUAAACUAAGGCCUGGGGGCCAGAUCCAGCCCAAUCGCCUUCUGAAUCCAGCCUGCAGACGGUCUGGGAAUCAGCGUGUUUUUACAUGAGUAGAAUGUGUGCUUUUAUUUAAAAUGCAUCUCUGGGUUAUUUGUGGGGCCUGCCUGGUGUUUUGACAUGAGUAGAAUGUGUGCUUUUCUUUAAAAUGCAUCUGUGGGUUAUUUAUGGGGCAGGAAUUCGUUCAUUUUCUUUUUCAAAAUAAAGUCCGGCCCCCUGCUGAAAAAGUUUGCUGACCCCUGACUUAAACCUUUGUGGAGGCAAGGGGGAGCACUGCCCUUGCCCACUGACUUUCCCACUGACCAAGCAUACAAGACUGGAUACCUGAGUCGGGGUCGAGCGUGAGACUCUUAAUCACAGGGUUGUGGGUUCAAGCCCCGCGUUGGGCAAAAGAGCCCUGCGUUUCCGGGGGUUGGGCUAGAUGACCCUCGUGGUCCCUUCCAGCUCUACGUCUCUUUGAUUCUGUGAGCCUGGGUCAGAAUGGGCAGUGACCGCCUGCGAUUGCGUUUCCCCCCUCCAGAUUGCCAGCUCCCUGGAACAGACCUGGAGAUCAACCCUACGCUGGAGUCCCUGUGUCUCAGCAUGACGGAGCACGCACUGGGCGGUGAGGGGCUUCUUUUAUUUAUUCUUUCAUUUAUUCAUUGCAUUUCUAGCCCAAAUUUUUUCUCCAGUGAGUUCAAGGCAGCUUACACCUCAUUGAAUCCCCACAGCAACCCUGUGGGGAAGGCUAGGCUGAGAGGCAGCGACUGGCUUCAUGGCCAAGGGGGGCAGGAUUCGAACACUGGUCUCCCAGGCUUUGGUCCAAUACUCUAACCACUGCACCACACCAGGUCCUGUUUUUGUUACAUCCAGAUUCUCACCUUUCCUUUUACAUAGUUUGAGAGAGUUAAUAUUAAAAUAUUUUAGAAAUACUAAAAGCACAAUAAAAUCUAUUAAUAAAGCUUGUUGCAUUGCAAAAAAAAAAAAGCACAAUAGAACCUCAAACAUUAAAAAUCUUCCCUAAACAGGGCUCCCUCCAGAUGUCUUCUAAAAGUCAGAUCGUUGUUUAUUUCCUUGACAUCUGAUGGGAGGGCGUUGCACAGGGACGGCGCCACCACCAAGAAGGCCCUCUGCCUGGUUCCCUGUAAUUUCACUUCUUGCAGCAAGGGAACCACCAGAAGGCCCUUGGAGCUGGAUCUCAGUGUCCGGGCAGAACGAUGGGGGUGGAGACGCUCCUUCAGGUAUACUGGGCAUUUGAGGCCAUUUACGGCUUUCUAGGUCAGCACCAACACUUUGAAUUGUGCUCAGAAACUGGGAACCAACGUACUUUCCCAUCUAUUCCUCCGCCUGCUAUAAUUCUGCGCUCUCUUUCUCUCUCUCUCUGCAGAUGGCACCGACAAGACUUCCACCAUUUGA